AUGAAGUUCUCUCGCUCAGCCCUGGGCGCUGUCGUUGCGUCCCUCCUUGUGAAGGGCGCCUUUGCGACAGGCCUGCACGCCGACCGUGACGAGUCUGACUGCGCGCCCCCCGAUACCAUCCCUGACUUGACCGGUGCGGACUUUCGCAACGUUGGCGUGGUCAUGUUCAACGGUUUCGACAUGGUCGACGUCUACGGCACGCUCGACCCGUUCUACAUGCUCGCCCUCAUCGAGCAGCGCUUAACGCUGUACCUCAUCGCCGAAACCCUUGACAACGUCACGCCUCGCGGCAGCAUGAACCCGUACAACUCGAGCUUCUACCCCGAGUUUGUCGUCACCAACACAUUCGAGGACGACCUCGACAUUGACCUGCUCAUCGUGCCCGGUGGCAGCGGCGUGCGAGCCCCGGACACCAGCGCCGCAGAGGCCUACCUCCAGAAGAUGUUCCCCAAGGUCAAGGUCUUCAUGACCAUCUGCACCGGUAGCGGGCUCGCCGCCAAGUCGGGCGUGCUCGACGGCCACAUGGCGACCACCAACAAGAAGGCCUGGGCGCAGAUGACGGGAUGGGGCCCGGAUGUGAGGUGGGUUUCGCCCGCUCGCUACGUCGUCGACGGCAAGGUCUGGGCUUCCUCUGGCGUUACCUCGGGCAUAGACCUUAGUUUUGCCUUUAUCGAGACAUACUUUGGCCGCGAGAGGGCAGAGUACAUCUGGUCUAUGCAGGAACAUGAGCCUCGCGAGUGGGACGAUGACCCCUUCCACACGUACUUUGGUCUCGAGAAUACGGAGACCCAGCCUUGCCCGUGGAGGUGA